UUGAUUAUUUUCCUUAGUUGAAACCUGGAAGUCUAUCUAAACACUCGAGAAAAAACGAAACAAAAAAGAAGAAUUAACAAUGCAAGUCGCCAGUCAACCCAUUCAGUACGGAAAUCUGGGAGGACACCAAGCAGAGCUUCUCGCCAUGGGGCCCCUGGGGCCAUAUGGAUCGUAUGGCUCCGACGAUCCCGAGGGCCAGCCGAAGAACAUGGGAUUCAGCAAUGACAGCAUCCGACGGGGAUUCAUCCGCAAGGUGUACCUUAUACUGAUGGCCCAACUGGUGGCCACCUUUGGGGUCGUGUCGAUCUUUGUGUUCAACGACAAUGUCAAGAUGUACGCCCUGCAGAAUGGUUGGGUCUUCUGGUCGGCCCUGCUGCUGAUGCUGGCCACGCUGCUGGGGCUGGUGUGCAGCCAGAGUCUGCGCCGCCAGACGCCGAUGAACUUCAUCUUCCUGGGCGGCUUCACCGUGGCCCAGUCGCUGCUGCUGGGCGUGUCGGCCUGCCGCUUUGGUCCCAUGGAGGUCCUGAUGGCUGUGGGCAUCACGGCUGCCGUCUGCCUGGCCCUCACACUCUUCGCCAUGCAGACAAAGUACGACUUCACCAUGAUGGGGGGCCUGCUCAUCACCCUGCUGGUGAUACUCUUGAUAUUUGGAUUUGUGGCUGUGUUUGUGGGUGGCAGCAUGCUCACCCUCAUCUAUGCCUCGGCCGGCGCCUUGCUAUUCUCCAUGUACCUGAUCUACGACACACAGCUGAUGAUGGGUGGCCAACACCGUUACUCCAUCAGUCCAGAGGAGUACAUAUUUGCGGCCUUAAAUCUCUACUUGGAUAUAAUAAACAUAUUCAUGGACAUUCUGGCCAUAAUUGGAGGCUCGGACAACUAACAGAAACAAUUCUAUAUACGAUAUACUAUAUACGAGCUGCAGGCUUUGAGGCUUUCAUU